AUGUCGACCUUCACACGCUGCGGACUUCUGGUGUGCUUCACUGUCUGCCUGCUUCAGGCAACACAAGGACAAUACCUCUCUGGUGGUCUAGGUGUCGGAUACGGCACCAACGGAGAAUGCGGCUGCUCGCGGGGUCAGGGGUACAGUUGGCAGGGGCUGGGCACCGGCAGCGCAUGGGGGGUACCGGAAGUAGUCGGCGGCUACGGGGGUGAGGGCGUCGGGGACUUGGAGGUCGCCGGUGAGCUGCCUGUGGCGGGCACCACGCUCGUGGCCGGCCAGGUGCCGGUGCUGGGCGCCGUGCAGUUCGCAGGGGAGGUGCCAGCCGCCGGCAUCGUCACCAUCACCGGCAGAUGCGGCUGCGAUUGCAACGGAAACGUUCUGUUCUAA